UUUACCGCUCUUUCGAGGUCUUCUCAUAGUGGUCGUGUUAUCACGUCUCCGAUCCAUAAUUAGCUGUCGAUCUAUUUGAGCCCGAAAUUCAAUAGAAAUCAAUUUGAAAAUCCCGUUCGAUUUAUUCAAAUGGAGACUCAUGUUCGAUCACGCUUUUGCACUUUGAUCGUUCUUGCUUGUUUUUUGUUUUGUGGGUUAACUUUUGUUGGAGCUCAAAAUCGAAGGCCAAAGAACGUUCAAAUUGCUGUUCGGGAAAAGUGGUCAGGAACUCCAUUGCUUUUGGAAGCUGGCGAAUUGCUUUCUAAAGAGUCAAAAAAUCUUUUCUGGGAAUUCAUUGAUGACUGGCUACAUGUUGUAAAAACUGAUGGUGACUCUCAUUCUGCUAAAGACUGCCUUAGAAAAGUUUUGAAACAAAGCAGCUCUCUUUUAAGUGAAUCAUUGGCAUCGUUAUUUGAAUUCUCCUUAACUCUAAGAUCAGCAUCCCCAAGAUUGGUGCUUUUUCGGCAAUUAGCAGAGGAGUCUCUUUCUUCAUUUCCACUGUCUAAUGAUAGUUACACAAGCAAUGUGAAUGGUAUAGAUGCUAGUGAAGCCAUAGAAACUAAAAAGUUGGAUCCCUUGCUUGUUGAUGUCAAUCCUAAAAACCCUGGUGGAAAAUGUUGUUGGGUGGACACUGGUGGGGCAUUGUUCUUUGAUGUUACAGAGCUGCAGUCAUGGCUUCAGAGACCUAAUGAUCUCAGUGGUGAUUCCUUUCAGCAGCCUGAAUUAUAUGAUUUUGAUCACAUCCAUUUUGAUUCAAAUAUUAUGAACCCAAUCGCUAUUCUGUAUGGUGCUCUUGGAACAGAUUGUUUUAGGCAGUUCCAUGUUACCCUAGUUCAAGCUGCCAAAGAGGGAAAAGUUAAGUAUGUUGUCAGACCAGUAUUACCUUCUGGCUGUGAAGCAGAAGUUGGCCUGUGUGGAGCUGUUGGUGCAAGGGAUUCCUUAAACUUGGGUGGCUAUGGUGUAGAGCUUGCUUUGAAGAAUAUGGAAUAUAACGCCAUGGAUGACAAUACCAUAAAGAAAGGUGUAACCCUAGAAGAUCCUCGGACUGAAGAUCUUAGCCAAGAAGUUAGAGGGUUUAUAUUUUCAAAAAUUCUGGUUUGUUAUCCUAUUUUCUUCCAAUACAAAUUACAACUGUUUCUGAUAACAUUAGUUACAUGGACCUAUAUCUAAAUGAAUAAACUUAAAUCACAAAGUCUUUCUCUUUGGACUGGAGUCAACUCUGGUCAUAAUGAUUUCUAACCAUAAAACCUGCACCAUACCAUUCUGAAGUUAAUGUUUUCUUUUAUUGCCAUUUGCAGGACCGCGAACCUUGAGCUUACUUCUGAGAUAAUGGCUUUUAGGGAUUAUCUAUUGUCAUCAACAAUAUCAGAUACACUUGAUGUUUGGGAACUGAAAGAUUUAGGGCAUCAAACCGCACAGAGAAUAGUACAAGCGUCUGAUCCUUUGCAAUCAAUACAGGAAAUCAACCAAAAUUUUCCUAGCGUAGUGUCUUCUUUAUCUCAGAUGAAGAUAAUGAGAAUUCUAGUAUUCAUAUUGAUGCGGUUGUUGAUCCUUUGAGUCCAUCUGGUCAGAAACUAUCAUCACUUCUUCGUGUUCUGGUUAAAUAUGUCCAUCCAAGCAUGCGCAUUGUAUUAAAUCCCUUGGUGAGUUACUGUUUAUAAUCUUGGUUAUCUUUGCUGUGGUUUUUGUGAAUAGAAAAGUUGUUCUGGAAAGAGAUGCGUGAGGACAUACUAAAGCAUGCCUAUUGUAAUCGCAUUGUAUUAAAUCUCUUGGUGAGUCAAUAUUUGCAGUAUCAGUUAUGUCUAGCAUGUGGUGCUUGUGAAUAGAAAGUGUAAUUGGGAGAUGGGGAGAGAUAUGUGCUCAUGCCAAGGCCACGUUGCAUAGGACCUUGGGCUCAGUCCAUGUAGAGGAUGGGGGAGGGCCAUUACAUGAGGUAAACAAAAUUUGAAAAAAAAAAAAAAAUAGCAGAGUUAUGACUAUAUUCCCAAAGGGCAAAUUUUGCAAUUUCAUUGUGGUGAGAAUUUAGGGUCCCACAAUUCUCAAAAUUUCAGUAAACAUCAUACAAUUUGGGGUUAUUGGCCUUGAAAUUGUCAGUCUUUAUGAUGAGGUCACUGCACUUUUGCCUGAAGUUUUUAAAAUUGAAGCAUGCUGUAUAAUCACUUAAGCUUUUAUUUUGUUCCUUGCUUGAAGUUUUACUUUUAAUUACAAAAUUUUCAUAGGAAACUAUUAUAUGC